AUGGCCAAGAAGCGGAUUCUUGUCGGCUACGGUGUCGAUAUUGAUGCAGUCGCUGGGUGGCUCGGCUCAUAUGGAGGCGAGAACAGUGUCAGUGACAUCAGUCGAGGGCUCUGGGCCGGACACGUUGGAACACCACGCCUACUCAAAUUGUUCGAAAAAUACAAUAUCAAGGCCUCUUGGUUCAUCCCAGGCCAUACCCUGGACACGUUCCCUGAGGAAUGUGCGAUGGUUCGUGAUGCCGGCCACGAGAUUGGCCUACACGGUUACUCGCAUGAGAAUCCCUCAAGUCUCUCUAAGAAACAACAGCGCGAUAUUCUCGACAAGACCUACAGAAUGGUGACUGACUUCUGUGGUAAGCCACCGCGGGGGAUUGUCGCGCCAUGGUGGGAGUGCAGUGCUGAAAUGGUGGAUCUGCUACUGGCCUACGGUAUUGAAUAUGACCAUUCCAUGUCUCAUGAAGACUGCCAGAUGUAUUGGUUGCGGACCGGUGAUUCAUGGACGAAAAUCGAGUACAACCAAAAGGCAGAGACAUGGAUGAAACCAUUGGUUAGAGGAAAUACAACCGGUCUGGUGGAGAUUCCCGGGAGCUGGUAUAUUGAUGAUCUGCCUCCGAUGAUGUUCAUCAAAAACUCGGCGAACAGCCAUGGAUGGGUCAAUCCACGCGACGUCGAAGACAUUUGGAAGGACCAUUUCGAUUAUUUCUAUCGAGAGUACGAUGAAUUCGUGUUUCCUAUGACGAUUCACCCGGAUGUCUCCGGUCGGCCCCAUGUGCUGCUGAUGCACGAAAGAAUCAUCGAGCAUAUCAAUAAACACGAGGGUGUGGAGUGGGUGACAUUUGAACAGAUGUCUGAUGAGUUCAGGAAGAAAAAUCGGCCGCCUCCGAAUGCAAUAAUGCCGGCGGCUCCGGGGAGUAUUUUGAAUGUGUCAUGA